AUGGAGGCAAAACAUCUCACUGGAGAGAAGCCAUAUCAGUGUUCUGAAUGUAGCAAAGCUUUUACAUCAAAGUCAAACCUUAUCAUACACCAGAGGAUUCACACUGGAGAGAAACCAUAUCAGUGUUCCAAAUCUUUUACAUCAAAAUCAAAGUUUAUUAUACACCAGAGGAUUCACACUGGAGAGAAGCCAUAUCAGUGUUCCGAAUGUGUUCAAACUUUUAGAUCUAAGUCACAAUUUAUCAGACACCAGAGGAUUCACACUGGAGAGAAGCCAUAUCAGUGCUCUGAAUGUGGCAAAGAUUUUACACAGAAGUCACAUCUUAUCACACACCAGAAGGUUCACACUAGAGAGAAGCCAUACCAAUGUUCUGAAUGUGGCAAAGAGUUUACACUGAAGUCAUAUCUUCUCACACACCAGAGGAUUCACCCUGGAGGGAAGCUACAUCAGUGUUCUGAAUGUGAUAAAGCUUUUACAAAGAAGUCAAAUCUUAUCACACACCAGAGGAUUCACACUGGAGAGAAGCCAUAUCAGUGUUUUGACUGUGGCAAAGCUUUUACACAGAAUUCAAGUCUUAUCAUACACCAGAGGGUUCACACUGGAGAGAAACCAUAUCAGUGUUCAGAAUGUGAUAAAGCUUUUACACAGAAGUCACAUCUUAUCAGGCACCAGAGGAUUCACACUGGGAGGAAGCCAUAUCAGUGUUCUGAAUGUGAUAAAGCUUUUACACAGAAGUCAAGUCUUAUCACACACCAGAGGGUUCACACUGGAGAGAAGCCAUAUCAGUGCCCAGAAUGUGGCAAAGCUUUUACAGAGAAGUCACAUCUUAUCAGACACCAGAGGGUUCACACUGGAGAGAAGCCAUAUCAGUGUCCAGAAUGUGGCAAAGCUUUUAGAAUGAAGUCAAACCUUGUCACACACCAGAAGAUUCACUCUGGAGAGAAGCCAUAUCAGUGUUCAGAAUGUGGCAAAGCUUUUACAGUGAAGUCACAUCUUAUCAGACACUUGAAGAGAUCACACUUGAGAGAAGCCAUUUUAAUGCUGACAUGCUGA